AUGACCUUCCCCACCAAUGCCGAUGCGGACCCUGAUCCUACUACACAGAUCCCUUGGCCAUCCAGGACCGUGAAGCGCUUCCGUUUGCACGAUGAGGAAGAGGAGGAGGUCGUCGUGAUGGAAGAGGAAGUUCCAGCCGGGCGAGAGUCCGAUCUGGCAAACGGGAAGAGUGAUGGCAAGGAGAAAGAUCCAAGUGCACGGAGAAUGUCUACCCUUGAUCUCAUCUACUUGAGCAUAUCCAUGGCCGGAUCCCAGGUUGCGUGGACCGUUGAAUUGGGUUACGGUACUCCCUUCUUACUGUCCCUCGGCCUGACAGAGCAGCUCACAAGCCUCGUGUGGCUUGCUGGUCCGAUCAGUGGAUUGGUUGCACAACCUGUGAUAGGUGCGAUCUCUGACGCCUCGACGUCCAAGUAUCGGCGGCGGUACUGGAUUGUGCUCUCGACACUCGUCCUUUGUGUGUCCACUAUCACCUUAGCCUAUUGUCAGAGCAUCGCACCUUUCUUUGUCGACCUCUUUGGCGGCGGUGCUGGGAGCUGGGAUCCCAAGUGGACGAAAACAGUUCAGAACACUGCCAUUGGACUGGCGAUCGUAUCAUUCUACCUCUUGGACUUUGCCCUCAACGCGCUGCAGGCGUCGCUCCGAAACCUAUUACUGGAUGUCACCCCUUCGGGGCAACUCAAUGAUGCCAAUGCCUGGCAUAGUAAGAUGCUCAAUGCCGGUAACAUCGUUGGAUAUGGAUUUGGUUUUCUCCCAUUGGCUAACAUGCCAAUUCUGCGUUUGUUGGGCGGAGAUCAGUUCCGCAAAUUUUGCGUAGUCAGUAUGGCGAUUCUUGUCCUUACCGUCUGGAUCACAUGUUUCACGCAAGAGGAGAAGGAGCGUGAGGAGCAUCGUAUCGACAAGGGGAAUAAGCUACGAGAUGUCCUUGCGAAUAUCUACGCUGCUAUGAUAUCCCUGCCUAAGCCCAUUCGACGUGUAUGCUAUGUCCAAUUGUUCGCAUUCAUGGGUUGGUUCCCUUUCCUCUUUUACUCGACAACAUACGUCGGCCAAGUCAUGGCAUACGAGCUGCAACGGGACCCAGAUCAUGACACUGCAACUAGAACUGGAGAGUUUGCCAUGCUCAUCUACAGUAUAGUGGCGGUUACUGCUGGUGCAACUUUACCCAACCUUGCCCGUCGUGACACUAGCUUGCUGGCCCACGAGGGCGACGAAGACGAGGAUGUUGAAAUCGCACGUCUGAGGACGACCGUUCGCGAAUGGCGCGCCGAGGCAGCUCGUAAGGGACAGCCACUUCAGUUGCCCUGGAUGCCGUUCUUCCUGCGGAACAUCUGGACGGCUGCUCUCAUCCUUUUUGCUCUCAUCACCUUCUCGACUUUCUUUAUCACGAAGGUAUGGCAGGCCAUCAUCGCAAUCAGUCUCGUUGGUAUAUGCUGGGCUAUCGCAUGCUGGGUACCUUUUGCCAUCAUCAUGGAGUUCUUGAAAGAGCGCGAACGCGAACCGGGAGUGGAUGCCGUCAGGGAAGAGACGAGACGGCCGUCGCACAGUCGCACACGUUCUACACCCGCCAUGCGCCCUAGAGUCAUCCCUCAAGACGAGAACGAACCUCUGCUCCGCCGGCGCCGCUCUUUCGACGAGAACAAUGCUUACCCAUAUCCUGAGGCUGAUCCUCUGGCUGGAGGAACCAUUCUGGGGAUACAUAAUUUGGCCAUCGUAUUCCCUCAGUUUGUUAUCGCGUUGGUUUCCAGUGUCAUCUUCCGCGUAGUGGACGCAGACGUGGAUAAUGACCCAUCACACCACACCACAUACUAUGGCAAGAAUGGUGUCGCAUGGGUGCUCCGGUUCGGUGGACUAUGUGCCUUGUGUGGUGCCCUGAUUGCGCGCAGGGUACCUCCAACGCGCACAGAGAAGGAGAUGCGACGGAGGCUCGCCGAGCUCCGGGUGCUCAGGGAGGAGGGCUCGCCGUAG